GCCCCUCCCCGGCGGCGGGCACCGCCCCGUCCCAGCAUCCUCUGCGGGUAAACAGACAUGGCCGGCGAGGGAGACCCGCAGGACGCUGCGCACGACAUGGGCAACCACCUGCCGCUGCUGCCUGUAGAGAACGAGGAAGAAGAUGACAUUGAAAUGGAAGUUGAAGACCAGGAUAGCAAAGAAGCCAAAAAACCAAAUGUCAUCAAUUUUGACACCAGCCUGCCAACGUCACACACGUAUCUGGGCGCUGACAUGGAGGAAUUCCACGGCAGGACCCUGCACGACGACGACAGCUGCCCGGUGAUCCCGGUGCUGCCGCAGGUCACGGUGGUGCUGAUCCCCGGGCAGACGUUACCUCUGCAGCUCUUCAGCCCUCAGGAGGUCAGCAUGGUGCGGACCUUGAUUCAGAAAGACAGAACCUUUGCGGUUCUCGCCUACAGUAACAUACAGGAAAGGGAAGCGCACUUUGGGACGACGGCGGAGAUCUACGCCUACCGAGAGGAGCAGGACUUUGGGAUUGAGAUAGUGAAAGUGAAGGCGGUCGGAAGACAGAGGUUCAAAGUCCUGGAGCUGAGAACACAGUCGGACGGAAUCCAGCAAGCCAAAGUUCAAAUUCUGCCCGAGUGUGUUCUGCCGUCGACCAUGUCUGCCGUUCAGUUAGAAUCGCUCAAUAAACGUCAGAUAUUUCCUUCAAAACCUGUGUCCUGCGAAGACCAGUGUUCGCAUAGAUGGUGGCACAAAUACCAGAAGAGAAAGUUUCAUUGUGCAAAUUUGACUUCAUGGCCUCGCUGGCUGUAUUCCUUGUAUGACGCUGAAACCUUAAUGGAUAGAAUCAAGAAACAGCUACGCGAGUGGGAUGAAAAUCUGAAAGAUGACUCACUUCCUGCCAACCCAAUAGACUUUUCUUACAGAGUAGCUGCUUCUCUCCCCAUUGACGACGCAUUAAGAAUUCAGCUCCUGAAAAUCGGCAGCGCCAUCCAACGGCUGCGCUGUGAACUUGACAUUAUGAAUAAAUGCACGUCUCUUUGCUGUAAACAGUGUCAAGAAUCAGAAAUAACAACCAAAAAUGAAAUAUUCAGUUUAUCCUUGUGCGGGCCGAUGGCAGCCUACGUGAAUCCUCACGGAUACGUGCAUGAGACGUUGACCGUGUACAAGGCCUCCAACUUGACCUUGAUCGGCCGGCCUUCCACGGAGCACAGCUGGUUUCCUGGGUUUGCCUGGACUGUUGCCCAGUGUAAGAUCUGUGCAAGCCAUAUUGGAUGGAAAUUUACAGCCACCAAAAAAGACAUGUUACCUCAAAAAUUUUGGGGUUUGACUCGAUCUGCCCUGUUGCCCACAAUCCCCGACACUGAAGAUGAAAUCAGCCCGGACAAGGUAGUGCUCUGCUUGUAAGCAGAAAGCAGAUUAUUUAGCAAGUUGGUAUUCUAAAAUCACACCUGCUUUGGAAACUACUGCUUUUGAUGCAUACGUAAGUAAAAGGCGACCUUCCACGGAAGGCUACAGCUCUUAGCCAAACGAAAUUGGAAGAUUUAAACUAAAAUGUACUAUUGAAGAGGAUGAAAGCAGUCUACAAUACUUGGUUUUCAGGAAUAUCUCCUUCUGUAGCUUGGUGCCAUUACCCUGUGGAAUCUGAUGUCCGGUCGCAUGUCACUGACGGGACAUGAAGACCUCUCUGAAAGUGAGCAGACUGUUUCACAAACACAUCUGCCAUUCCUAGGACGUGAGGCUAACCCUUUGAUGCUGACACACCUGUGUGUCCCAGCUCCACACAGCAGGCAGGUCCCCAGCCAGGGUGCCACACUCCGCACGUGGCCCUUUAGAAAGCGGGCAGGCCACACACGUUACUUUAAAAGGCUUUUGUUCCUUUCAACUUUCAGUUCCUCUGAGACACUGAUUUGUAAAUUUUGAAAAUAUUAAAAAGUUAAAAUAC